ACUUACAGACGCUCCUCAAUGUCAUUGAUCAAAGAAUUCAUAAAGAAGACCAUCUCUGAAAAUACAGUAACAAUCUUUAGCAAAAGUUACUGUCCUUAUUGUCUUGGAGCCAAGGAUAUAUUUGAUGAUCUCAAGGUGGACUACAAGGCUUUGGAAUUGAAUGAACUACCUGAUGGUUUAGAUAUCCAACAAGGUUUAGCUGAAUUAACCUCGCAACGUACUGUCCCUAAUAUCUUUGUGAAUCAAGUCCAUGUUGGUGGAUCCGAUGAUCUCAAAGCCGCUUUGGCCUCAGGAAAACUGGCGAUAUUAUUGAAGGAAGCUGGUAUCAAGAACAAGCUUUGAUCAUCCUCUCUCUAUCUUUUUCUUUUCUUUUCUUUUUUUUUUUAUUCUUCAUUUAGUUUCUUCUAUUUUAGUGUAUCAUAC